UUGGCAGGUUGUUGAGCCGCAGGACGAUUUAUUUAUCAGUGUUCUGAUUGAACGCCGUAACUCUACGGGACCCCGCACAGGAGAUGGCGCUGUGAGCGUUUAAACUUGUUUCAAGAUUCGCCAGCAAACUCAUAGAAGAAGAAGGUGACGUCACGGAUCAGGAACAGCACAGUAUCAACGGCAGAAAGGAAACAGUCCGGCUCUGUGUUCAUCAGAAGCAGAACAUCCAGCAAGUAUUGCGUUGUCUUUUUAAUUAAGAGGAAAUUCCACUCCAGAGGCGUGACUCAUUUUAGCAGACAUGUCUUACGGCAAAGCAGAGAACUACCGCUCUGUCCCGCAGGACUUCAACACCAUCAUACAGACAUGCAGCUCCAACAUCCAGAAGAUCACACAGAACACUGCUCAGAUCAAAACCAUGGUGAACCAGCUGGGGACCAGACAGGACACCAGUGAACUCCAGGAUCGUCUGCAGCAAAUACAACACUACACUAACCAAUUGGCAAAAGAAACCAACAAGCACCUGAAAGAUUUGGGAUCAAUCCCUUUGCCCUUGUCACCUUCAGAGCAGAGGCAACAAAAGAUCCAGAGGGACCGGCUGAUGAAUGAUUUCUCAGCUGCUCUCAACAACUUCCAAGCAAUCCAGCGGCGUGCAGCAGACAGGGAAAAGGAGUCCGUAGCCAGAGCGAGGGCUGGAUCCCGUCUGUCAGCUGAGGACACUUCUCGAGAUGAAAAGCUGGUGUCUUUUGAUAACCAAGAGGACUGGGGUCAGAUGACAACACAGACAGAGGAGGCGGCCAUCACAGAGGAGGAUCUGGAGCUCAUCAAGGAGAGGGAAACCAACAUCAGACAGCUGGAGUCUGACAUCAUGGACGUAAACCAGAUCUUCAAGGACUUGGCAGUGAUGAUUCAUGAUCAGGGAGAAAUGAUUGAUAGCAUUGAGGCGAACGUGGAAAAUGCUGAAGUUCACGUAGAACGAGGAACAGAGCAGCUCCAGAGAGCCAGUUACUACCAGCAAAAGUCCCGGAAGAAGAUGUGCAUCCUUGCAAUGGUUUGCUCCAUCGUACUUGUCAUACUCAGCAUCAUCAUCUGGCAAGCUGCGAAGUGAGUCGGCCGUACAACCAAUGUGACACUUCUAUAUUUAACUGUGCCCCCUCUCACCUGCAAAUACCUGCUUGGAAUGAUGAAAAGAGGCUGAUGAGUGUGUUAAGUUCAGUAGAGUACAUUUGUGCAGUGGGCUGGUCAGUGAGGAAACACAUACUGUCGUCACCUGAUCCAGCCUGUUGCUGUAAUAUAGCUGAACAACAUUGAAACUGAGAAGAUGAGGUGGUGAAGGGGAGCGAUUUAAGACCUGAGAUUCCUUUUUUUGCGUCAUUCAUUUCUUGUCUUAUUUACUGCACUAACACUAGCUGUAACUGUAUAUCUGUAUGUCGCUGUAUAUAGAAAUGUUCAGACAUAAGCAUAAUAACAAUAAAAAAUGCAGCUUGUCAAAGUAAAA